CUGGCAAAGCGUCAAAAAUGGCGGCACAGUACACACGGUUGGAUCCGGAUUCGGGAGACAUUUGUCGAUCGAUCCAUUUAGGCUCACAGUCAGCGGAACAAUAUCUGUCUGCAGAAGCGGGAAAUUCUGCGGUGUCUGAAGUGUCAGUGGUUAAAGAUACAGAUAACCUGGAUACCGACGAUAAUUCUCAGGGAACCAUGAAGGGGGACGAAAUAGCUGACGAAGGUAGCAGUACGGAGUCUGAUGCCGACAAACUAAUGAAGGACGGGGACAAUCAAAUUGCUCGCGAUGUUCCAAUGGAAGACGAGUCCAAUCUCGAAGAUUUGGCGUCGUCGGAAACCGGUAGCAGCGACCAGCAACAGCAGCCAAUUCGAACCACUACUCAGGACACCGUUGCACCCACAAAACUUCCACCUACUGGACCAAGAAGCUCGGAUCAACAAUGUUACUGCGGGAAAGAGCGAAAUAUGAACAUCGUGGAACUGCAGUGCAUAGCCUGCCUCAAGUGGUUUCACGACACAUGCCUAUCUCUUCCUAUCGGAAAGUGCGUCCCAUUCAUGACGAACUACACCUUUUCGUGUAAACAGUGUAAUCCGUCGGGUACAGAAAACUUCACCAAAAAGCAACCAAACUUCAGCCAGAUGUGUGUGACUGCACUCGCAAACUUGACCCAAAGGAGUCGCAAUGAUGGAGAUAACAGGACUCUGUUUUCAAAAGACAAGGAAAUCAUACCAUUCAUUGAGAAAAAUUGGGAACACAUGACCACAGUACCCAGAAGAAUUAAGCAGACGUGGCACACAACCGUGUACAAGACAAUGUUGAAGGAUACGGACAUAUUUGCAUCAGAGGAAAAAUCUGAGAGUGGAGAAAUCACAGAUGCCUACCCUUUCUUCGGCCUUGCUCUGACGGAUUUAGAACGAAUCAGCCCAAACUAUGAAAGCUUUGUUAAGUCCAGCCAGGGACGUAAUGCUGACUCGCAGUUUGGUUCAGGUGCUGUAACAGGAAAGGGAAGGAGUGCAAAAAGAAAAUUUCCAGGGGAAGGGCAGACGACAACAUCGGGAAGAAAAAUAAAGAGUGACCUGGUGAUGCCUAAGUUGCCCCCAAAUGGCUAUCCUCUUGAACAUCCCUACAACAAAGAUGGAUACCGUUACAUACUGGCAGAACCCGAUCCGCACGCUCCGUUUCGGCAGCAGUUUGACGAGAGCAUUGACUGGGCUGGAAAACCCAUUCCGGGAUGGCUCUAUCGGAAGCUUGAACCAUCAAAUGUUCUCCUUGCUAUGCACGAUCGAGCACCCCAGUUGAAGCUUUCUGAGGAUCGUUUGACAGUAACUGGGGAGAAAGGUUACUGCAUGGUUAGAGCUACACAUGGGGUUGAAGAAGGGACGUGGUACUUUGAAGCAACGAUAGAGGAAAUGCCAGAAAAUAGCGCAACACGAAUUGGCUGGUCUCAAGAAUUAGCAAACCUACAAGCUCCUUUAGGCUACGAUCGGUUUGGAUACUCGUGGCGUUCAAGGAAAGGAACCCGCUUUCAUGAGAGUCGGGGCUACCACUACAGCGAUGGUGGUUACGGUGCUGGAGACACUGUGGGCUUCCUUAUCCAUCUUCCUCGAAGCAAAGAAAAGGAGGGGAAGCUUUCACUGCCUGAUGCUUUCAAAGAUAGGCCAUUGGUGAAGUUCAAGAGCUACUUGUAUUAUGAAGAAAAGGAUGAACUGCAGCAAGCCAUAAAGAGCCUGAAGCCACUACCUAAAAGUCAGAUUACAUAUUACAAGAAUGGCGAAUGCAUGGGUGUAGCCUGGCAGGACAUUAAUGAAGGAACCUACUAUCCUGCUAUAUCCCUGUACAAGAGCUGCACCGUAAAGCUUAACUUUGGGCCCAAUUUCAAGCAUAAGCCAAAAGAUGUAACGUGCUCAGGGAUGGAUGAGAUUGUUAAGAAAGCAAUGAUACACCAGACUGUGUCUGACUUGCUCUACUUAGUUGAAAAUGAGGGCCAGCUGCAACUGGAUGCUAUUUAUUUUUAGCAUACGUAUGGCUAACAUGUACAGUAAUUAAUUUUGUUAAAGUGAUUUUUAUACUUG